GAGGUCCCUGGUUGCCUUAGUAACCGUUUGGACGCCUCUACCUCGACAGCUUACCGCGCCAACGCUAAAAUGGAGCCCUUUAAACCUGAACCUGAGCUCCAGCGGUUUUAUCACCAGUUGCUGCAUCCGCUGUCGAUCUUCCCCAGAAGGAAGACGUACGCAGAGCCUCCGAAGCGCCUCCCGCAGGAGGUCCCAAUGCUACCGUCCCUACCCGUCUCACGGCUGACCGUGGCAUCACUGUGCCUCCAGGUGUCCAAGCGGCUGGCCCGGUGCGAGCUGGAGGAGUCGGUGCCUCCCGCGGGCCCUCUCCGUUUCCGAAAGGUCAUCUUGGACGAGUUGAAGUGCAGCUGGCGGGAGCCUCCCCCCGAACCUAGUCUGAGCCACUUCAACAACCAGAGGCUGCGGAAGCGGGUGCUGGUUUACGUGCUGCUCAGCUGCGAGCAGCUCUUCUUACACUACCUGCGCCUGCUGAAGACAAUGCCGACUUCCACGCACGUCUUCACUGAAUCCGCCACGCUCACCCGGUUGGCCGCCAACCUCGCCAGGGAUUGCACAAUCUUCCUCACCAGCCCCGAGGUCUACCGUGGCCUGCUCGCCGACUUCCGCUCCCUGAUGAGAGUACAGCAGGCCCAGGGCGGUGUAUUCAAGCUGCGCCCCUCCGGACCCCCUGCGGCUUCCAAGCCUCCUAGGCCUCACGGAGCCAGCUCUGCCCGAAUACCACACUGCAACCUCAACCUGAGCUAUCUCAUCCAACUCAGCCGCUCGCGAGAGCUUCUCAGCGAGCCCAGACCCGAUCCUGUGAAGGAAUUAAAGUCCAUCCCUCAGCUAAAGAAAAAGACUCUUCGCUGGCUGCCUGCCAUGCAAAAGAAGGGAGAAAGCUUCACUUCCUCACAGACUGAGUCAUUGCCCCGGUAUUCGAUGGCUGUCACCAGCAUGUCUCCGCGCACCUCCUAUUUGCCUUUCUACGCCCAGCUUCAUAGGGGCCGGUCCAUGCCCUCUCUGCGCGAGGGCUGGAGGCUAGCAGAUGAAUUGGGCCUUCCUCCCCUCCUCCCUCGUCCCUUGACCCCACUGGUCCUGUUUGCAGAGAGCAAACCAGAGCUGGUAGAGGAUAUGGUGGCCGAGGACCUGAAGCAGAUAAGGAAGAACACGAAAUUGGAGCGGACUCGCUACGCACCAAUGGACUCAGGUGUGUCCCCGCUCCUGGGGGCCCUGACCCACCACCCAGCCACAGCACAUCGCAUAGAAGAGCUGCAGAGAAUGUUGAAUGAGGAAGAAGAAACCUCUGGGCAGUGGGGCCCCCAAUUCCCCAAACCCCCUCCACUUCAUCCACAGCCAGUGUCAGUUACUUUGAAGCUGAGAGAUCAGAUCGUGGUCCAGGCAGCUGGUGUACAGGUCUCUAAGAGAAAGUUUUUGGAUUCCUUCCACAUUGAAGAGACCGGAGCCCUGUACAACCACCUAAUUGGUGAACUGGAUUCCAAACUGAUCGAGGAAAUGGAUAUUGAUCGCUUCAUUGGUAAUAGCAUCAGGGAGGUCUAUAAGGAGUUGAUGAGCCGUGUCUCUAUUGACCACUUCUCUUUUGACCAGGGACCCUUGAUUGAGCCAGCAGCCAGUAAAGACUGGUCAGUGUUCCUAUCCUCAGCCUUUCUGCAUCAAGAUAAACAGCAUCGUGUCAUCAACCCCAAGCUGGUUGGUCUUUGUCCCAAGAGAGUAACCACUUUCCAGUCCUCUCUUUCAUUGUUCCAAGUAAGCAAAGGUUGGGAGAGACGGCCAAAAAAGACCUCAGGAAUGAACUGGUUGAAAAACCUCUUGUGUUCGGAUGACUAUUUCAAACACCUCACCAACCAGGAGACAGAUUUCCUCCAUGUCAUCUUCCAAAUGUAUGAGGAGGAUGUUCCUGUGGAGAUGGUGCCCCCUGUCAAAGAGUCCCUAAAGUUUCAGCACCCACCUCCAUUGCUAGAAGAUGAAGAGCCAGAUUUUGUGCCAGGAGAAUGGGAUUGGAACACGGUGCUGGGGCACCGUCUAGAAACUAGGAGGGCCAGCCUCCUGGGAGAACCCCACAGAAUCCCGAGCCUGCAGAAGCGUCUGCAGCGGUUGUGGUCCAUUCUUGAGGUUCCUGACAAGGACCGGAUGGACAUGGCUAUCAAGUACAGCUCCAACGCCCGCCUGAGGCAGCUGCCUUUAUUGCUGAGUGCCUGGGAGCAGACCGUGCAGCCCAUUCAGCUGCGGGAGAUAUUGCUGGGGAAACUGGAGUGGUUUGAGCGACACGCCUCUGACCCCAACCGUUUCUUCCAAAAGACUAGCAUGGAUCUGACUCGUUUAUUGGAGGAGAAUCAAGUCCGAAACCGCCUACACAGGAAGCUCAAUCUAAUGGAGGCUCCGUUGGUUUCGCUCCUGGAGGAGGUUGAGGUCAUCUUUGGUGAGCCAGUGACGUUCAAGGGGCGGCGCUACCUGGACAAGAUGAAGCUUGACAAAGUGGAGAUGCUUUAUUGGCUGCAGCAGCGGCGCCGGAUGCAUCAACUGGUUGGGACCCAGAAUGCCUCCCACUGGUCAGCCAUGUUCAAGAAGCUCAGCACGAAGCCUUUAAUAGCCCCUAGGAAUACUCCCAGUCCAAGUGACCGCUAAUCCCUCCCUCAACCCCCAACACCCAGCAGCUCAUCCAGACCUCUUGACCGCUUGGGAAGAAGAAAUAUUUGGGAGAAGAACAUUGUGCUUCCAACUACCAAGGGACUGAGAUGAAUACUUUAUUUUGACAGUGAAAUUCUCAUAAAAGAAUCCCCAAGGCCAGUAUCCCCAUUUAUGUCAAGCUAAGCACUGUACAGCCAAAAUCUCAUGUAUCAAAAGAACUGAGUCCAUCACUUGGAGUUCAUUGUAUUGGAAACCCAUCACCUUCGGAAUAUCUGGGCGUUUCUAUCAUGCUACAUUAAAUGGGCUGACAGGGCCCCCAAUCAAAAGGCUCUGUUGCCUAAUGGUUGCCUUCAGAGCUAGGACUCUGGAGUUAGUAGAUGUGGGUUUAAAUUCUGGUUGCGUACCUUGGGCAAAUUAGCUGCUCUGCACCUGGACCACCAUAUGUCAGGUGAAGGGUUGAGUCCAGAUUGUCACUUCUUCCAGUUUUAGCAUAAACUUUUUUAUUAAAAUUUUAUCAGUUCUUACAAGCAUACGGUACAAAGUAUACAAGGGUAUGUACUGAAAAGUAAGUCUCCUUUCCAUCCUUACCUCUAGUAACUCAGUUCCCCACCCUGGGGGUUACAACUGUUACCAGUUUCUUGUGUAUCUUUCCAUUCCCUUAUUCAGAAAAUAAUUAUUGAGUACCUACUAGCUAUUUUAUGCUUGGUUUUAACACUGAACAAAACAAAGAUCCUUACCCUUUGCAGUUUACAUUCUACUGGAGGGAAAUAGCCAAUAAGCCAUAAACGUAGCUUUAAGCCAUAAACCUAAACAUAUUGAAUAAUAAGAUGUUAGCAGGUGAUACGUACUGUGAAAAAAAAAGAAAAAGAGUAGGAUAAGAGGGGGGAAAAGGGUGAGGGAUGUAGUUUUAAUUAGGGUAGUCAGUAUAAGUCUCAGUGGGAAGGGAAGAUUUGAGCAAAGGGUUGAAGGAGGGGAAGAAGUGAACCCCAUUUAGGACAACUUACCUGACAGCCAUUGCAAAACUCUAAGGCAGGCAGGUAAGUGGGGUGUCUCAGAAAGCAAGGUGGCCAGUGUAGGUGGAGCAGAGCUGGGGGUGAGAUGAGUCAGAGGGGUCAUGACAGGGUGCCAAAGGGCAAGUUAGGUCAUGUAAGGCCUUAUAGGCCAUUGUAUAGCCUAUGCACAUAUGAGCAUAUGUGUAUAUAUUAUCUAUACAUAUGCUUAUAACUAGCAUUCUGUACCUCUGCUUUUUAAACUAUUUUUAUUGAUAUAUUAUUU